GAAGUGUGGGUUUCCCAAUUAUUUUACUAGGUUUUUUAUGAAGCAGAUAGCUGGUUAAAAUUUCUAUCGAGAAAUCUUUCAAUUUCCCCUUUUUCUUUUGUUUUUGUUGCGCUGAUUCUCUCGGAAGCAUGGGAAGAAAUGUCAUCUCAGAUGAAGAAGAUGAGUUGGAGGUCGAUGAGGAAGGAGAGCCCAUUGAAGGAGAAGGUCUCAAUGACCGCGACCCUGAUGAGGAUGAAGAAGACGAAGAAGGUCAAGAUGAGUAUGAGAAUGAUGGAUUCAUAGUUGAUGAUGUGGAGGAUGAAGAGGUAGAUGAAGAUGAAGAGAGGGAAGAUAGUGACGAGGAGAGGCGGAAGAAAAAGAAAAAAAGAAAGAAGAAGGAAGCUGAGGACCUUGAUGAAGAUGACUAUGAGCUCCUCCGGGAGAAUGACGUUAAUGUACCAAAGGGAAGCAAGAAAUUUAAGCGGUUGAAAAAGGCUCGUAGAGAUUUCGAUGAGGAUCAGUUUGGACUAUCCGAUGAUGAGUUUGAUGGAAGCAUGAAAGGGGGUGCAACUGCUGAGGAAAAGCUUAGUCGUACUCUAUUUGGUGAUGAUGAUGGACAACCACUUGAAGAUAUUGCUGAAGAUGAAGAGCCCAUAGAAGAGGAAGAGGAUGGAGACAUGGGUGAAGAAGAUGAAAUGGCGGACUUUAUUGUAGAAGAAGAUGAGGAGCAUGGAGCUUCUGUUAGACGGAAGAAGAUGAAGAAUAAGAAGUCGAGGCAUGCACCGGAUGUGUCAUCAUCUGCUUUAAAGGAAGCUAUAGAUAUCUUUGGUGAUGUGGAUGAACUCCUCUUGCUACGGAAACAGGGCUUAGAUUCUGUUGAGCAAAAAGAAGGGAAACUUGAAGAUCAAUUUGAACCUACUGUUCUCUCUGAAAAGUACAUGACGGAAAAGGAUGACCAAAUUCGGAUGACUGAUAUUCCAGAAAGAAUGCAGAUUUCAGAAGAAAGCACUGGCCCUCCUCCAGUAGAUGAACUCAGCAUAAUUGAAGAGAGCACCUGGAUAUAUAAUCAGCUUAUAAAUGGUGCUGUACCAUUAUUUGGUAAAGAAAGGAAGGAUCAUUUUAUAGACAAGGAUGACAUUAUGAGAUUUUUGGAUCUCACACAUGUGCAGAAGUUAGAUAUUCCCUUUAUUGCAAUGUAUCGCAAGGAGCAGUGCCUUAGUCUUCUACAAGAUCCUGAGCAACACGAGGAUGAUGAUACUGAUCAGGAUAAAUCUGAGAAAGCUCCUACAAUAAAGUGGCACAGGGUACUUUGGGCAAUUCAGGACCUUGACCGAAAAUGGCUGCUUCUUCAAAAGAGAAAGAGUGGUCUCCAGUCACACUAUAAUAAGCGGUUUGAAGAAGAAUCUCGUCGGAUAUACGAUGAAACAAGACUUAACUUGAACCAACAGCUUUUUGAGUCAAUUCUUAAAGAUCUCAAGGGUGCAGAGUCAGAAAGGGAAGUCGAUGAUGUUGAUGCCAAGUUUAACUUGCAUUUCCCACCUGGGGAGGUUGGUGUUGAUGAAGGUCAAUAUAAGAGGCCCAAGAGGAGAUCUCAAUAUAGUAUUUGCAAUAAGGCUGGCCUGUGGGAGGUUGCGAACAAGUUUGGAUACAGCGCUGAGCAACUUGGGGCGCAUCUAUCUCUGGAAAAGAUGGAAGAUGAAUUUGAAGAUGCGAAAGAGACACCCGAGGAGAUAGCUUCAAACUUUACAUGUGCUAUGUUUGAGACUCCACAAGCUGUCCUUAAAGGAGCCAGGCAUAUGGCUGUGGUUGAGAUUAGCUGUGAGCCGUCUGUCAAGAGAUGUGUUCGCAAUAUCUUUAUGGAUCAUGCUGUAGUGUCAACCAGCCCUACUCCUGAUGGAACAAUAGCCAUUGAUUCUUUCCAUCAGUUUGCCAGUGUGAAGUGGUUGCGUGAAAAACCUUUGAUCAGAUUUGAUGAUGCUCAAUGGCUCCUUAUCCAGAAGGCUGAAGAGGAGAAGCUUCUUCAAGUAACUAUUAAGCUGCCUGAAAAAAAUCUAAACAAUUUGAUUAAAGAAUGUAACGAAAAUUAUCUUAGUAAUGGCGUUAGCAAAUCUGCUCAACAAUGGAAUGAGCAGAGAAAGCUGAUACUACAUGAUGCUGUUUUUGGUUUUCUUUUGCCCUCAAUGGAGAAAGAAGCAAGAUCCUUGUUGGCGAGUCGAGCUAAGAACUGGUUACUUUUGGAGUAUGGCAAGGACUUGUGGAAUAAAGUUUCUGUGGGGCCUUAUCAAAGGAAAGAAAAUGAUGUUAAUUCCGAUGAGGAAAUUGCUCCACGAGUCAUGGCUUGCUGUUGGGGCCCUGGGAAGCCAGCAACCACUUUUGUGAUGUUGGAUUCAUCUGGGGAGGUGCUUGAUGUGCUUUAUACUGCUAAUCUUACAUUGCGGUCUCAAAAUGUACAUGACCAGAAACGCAAAAAAAAUGAUCAGCAACGUGUUUUGAAGUUCAUGACUGAUCAUCAACCACAUGUUGUUGUUCUUGGAGCUGUGAAUUUGUCUUGUACUCGAUUGAAGGAUGAUAUCUAUGAGAUUAUUUUUAAGAUGGUGGAGGAAAAUCCUAGAGAUGUUGGGCAUGAAAUGGAUGAGCUGAGCAUUGUAUAUGGGGAUGAAUCUCUACCCCGGCUCUAUGAAAAUUCUAGGAUUUCAUCAGAUCAGCUCCCUGGACAGUCAGGCAUUGUUAGGCGGGCUGUUGGGCUUGGGCGCUAUCUCCAAAAUCCGUUAGCAAUGUUUGCCACUUUGUGUGGACCAGGGAAGGAGAUACUCUCCUGGAAGCUUAAUCCACUGGAAAACUUUCUCACGGCUGAUGAGAAGUAUAACAUGGUUGAACAGGUUUUGGUUGAUGUCACAAACCAGGUGGGCCUAGAUGCUAAUUUGGCUGCAAGUCAUGAAUGGUUGUUUGCACAUUUGCAAUUCAUUUCUGGUCUUGGGCCUAGAAAGGCGGCAUCACUGCAGAGAUCACUGGUAAGAGUUGGAACAAUUUUUACUAGGAAGGACUUUCUGUCUACCCAUGGACUUGAUAGGAGGGUGUUUGUCAAUGGGGUAGCCUUUCUGCGCGUCAGACGAAGUGGGCUUGCUGCCAACAGCAGCCAGUUCAUUGAUUUGUUGGAUGACACGAGAAUACAUCCAGAAUCUUAUCUUGUUGCCCAAGAGUUGGCCAAAGAUGUUUAUGACGAGGAUCUUAAGGGCGACAAUGACGAUGAGGAUGCAUUGGAGAUGGCAAUAGAACAUGUUAGGGAUCGGCCUGGUUUGUUGAGAAGGCUUAAAAUUGAUAACUAUCUUAAAAGCAAAAGCAAGGAGCGACAAAGUAAGAGGGAGACUUUUUAUGAUAUAAAAAGGGAAUUAAUUCAGGGUUUCCAGGAUUGGCGUACCCCUUAUAAGGAGCCAAAUCAGGAUGAGGAGUUCUUCAUGAUUUCAGGUGAAACUGAGGAUACCCUUGCAGAAGGCCGAAUUGUGCAAGCUACAGUACGCAGAUUGCAAGGCGGACGAGCUAUAUGUGCACUUGAAUCUGGAUUGACUGGGAUGAUUAUGAAAGAAGACUAUGCAGAUGAUUGGAGAGAUAUAGUCGAGUUAUCUGACAGGCUGCAUGAAGGUGACAUAUUGACCUGUAAGAUUAAAUCAAUUCAGAAGAAUAGGUAUCAGGUGUUCCUGGUUUGCAAAGAUAGUGAGAUGAGAAGCAAUCGACACCAGCAUGUCCAGAACCUGGAUCCCUACUACCAUGAGGAGCAAAGUAGCCUACAAAGUGAGCAGGAGAAAGCUCGUAAAAAGAAGGAGCUGGCAAAGAAGCAUUUUAAGCCCAGGAUGAUUGUCCAUCCACGCUUUCAAAAUAUUACUGCUGAUGAAGCUAUGGAGGCAGCCUUUUGGAUGAAUUUAUUAUCCAAGCCUGCUUGUGAGUUUUGGUUGCUUCAGUUUUUUUUAUCUGACAAGGAGCCUGGAGAAAGUAUUGUCCGCCCCAGUUCUCGUGGACCUUCUUAUUUGACUUUAACUCUCAAAGUUUAUGAUGGUGUUUAUGCUCACAAAGAUAUAGUUGAAGGUGGAAAAGAACACAAGGAUGUCACCAGCCUGCUUCGCAUUGGGAAGACAUUAAAACUUGGGGAAGACAUUUUCGAGGACUUGGAUGAGGUAAUGGAUCGGUAUGUUGAUCCCCUUGUUUCUCAUCUGAAGGCAAUGCUGAGUUAUCGUAAGUUCAGGAGGGGAACUAAAGCAGAGGUUGAUGAGCUUUUAAGGAUUGAGAAAUCAGAGUAUCCUAUGAGGAUUGUGUACUGUUUUGGUAUUUCUCAUGAACAUCCAGGCACUUUCAUUCUUACUUAUAUACGGAGUACAAAUCCGCAUCACGAGUAUGUCGGCUUAUAUCCCAAGGGAUUCAAGUUCAGAAAAAGGAUGUUUGAGGACAUUGAUCGUCUAGUUGCAUAUUUCCAGAGGCAUAUUGAUGAUCCACAGCAGGAGUCAGCUCCAUCAAUUAGAUCAGUUGCAGCGAUGGUACCAAUUCGGAGCCCUGCUGCUGGAGGCUCUGCAGGGGCAUCUACUGGUGGUAGUUGGGGUGGUUCAACCAAUGAAGUUGGUUGGAGAGGCCAAUCUUUCGACAGGGGUCAAUCUUCCACCCCAGGGUCAAGAACAGGCCGAAACGAUUACAGAAAUAGCAGUAGUCGAGACGGACAUCCAAGUGGUGUACCCCGGCCCUAUGGUGGGCGUGGACGUGGUAGGGGUUCAUACAACAGCAGCAGAGGACAUAACGAGGGACAGGAUUCAUCAUACGAUGAAACUCCGAAACGGGAUUCAGGUAACAAGAAAGGGGAAGAUAGCUGGGGUAAUUUCCCAGGUGCUAAAGUUCAAAACUCUCCAGGUAGGGAAGCUUUCCCUGGUGGCUGGAGUGGUAGUGCUGGAACCGAAAGUGGUAGUGGUUGGCAAUGAUGGUAGGUGCAGGGUUUAGUUUUGAUUUAAGUGUGGGAGUUGCUGACUGAAUAAUACAAUGAAAACAUGUAGCUGUACUCAUAGCGUGUAUAUGUAAUGUUAUCCAUGUUCCGUUUAAACGCAGAUAAAUCUGAGUGGCUAAAUGACAUGUUGAAUCCUACAUACGGCCAAUGUAUCUUU